AUGAUAACCUUCUACGACCUACCUUCCAUCCUGCCAGAGAACGACUGGUCUCCCAACACCUGGAGGACCCGUCUCUGCCUCGACUACAAAGGGUUGGACUACAAAACCGAGUGGGUCGAAUUCCCCGACAUCGCAAAAGUAUGUCAAGAACAAGGAAUAGCAGCGACCGCAACCUGGAGGGACGGGAGCCCCUACUUCUCCGUCCCAGCCAUCGUCGACGUCCAAGAGUCCGAGUCCGACACAGGCUUCACAAUGAAGCGCACCGCCCUAGCCGAGUCGUUCGAAAUCGCCAAGUACCUUGACGCUGCCUAUCCCAACACCAAACGCGUCAUUCCCGAGGGUGCAGACGCAGAACGGUUCCAGCGCGAGUUCCCACUCGAGUUUCGUAAACUCGUCUUCCUCCCGUUCUGUAGGAUCUUUUGGGCCAAGGUUAUGACCAUCCUCAAUCCCGUCAGCCGCCCCUAUUUCACGCGCGCCAGGGCCAGUCUGAUGUUCGAGAAAGAGUCGUUGGAUGAGGUCGCUGUCAAGACUGAUGAAGAAAGGGAGAAGAUUUGGGGAGACUUGAGGGAGGGGCUGAAGGCGAUUGAUAGGUACUACAAGGAGACGGAUGAAGCUGGUCCGUGGAUGCUAGGAAAGACGGUCAGCUUCGCAGAUUUCGUCGUCGUAGCCUUCUUGGUCGCACUGAAGAGAGUCUUCGGAGAGGAGAGCGAAGAAUGGAGGACAGUAAAGGGAUGGGACGACGGAAGGUGGGGCCAUCUGCUCCAGAAGACUGCGGAACUUACGGGAAGUAAAUUGUAG